AUGCCCAGUUUGGAAGAAAAGUAUUUGGGACCAGAUAAUCAUGUUAAGAUGAGCGUCGCCGAGGGCGGGGGCGAGCAACCCACGCUGAUGGCGCCGGCGACGACGCCGACCAGCCCCCCCGCCGCCCCUGCCGGAACACCCGUCGCUCACGAUGGACUUGGACCAAUCGUGCAGCAGCCCGCGCCGGUCACACGGAAACCACCCCGCCGAGGACUUAAGAUGCAACAGGAACGGCCAAAGCGCGCACUCUUCUGUCUCACCCUCAAGAACCCGCUGCGGAAGGUCUGCAUCGACAUCGUCGAGUGGAAACCAUUCGAGUGGAUGAUCCUAACGACAAUCUUCGCCAACUGCAUAGCGCUUGCCGUCUACACGCCCUACCCCGCCAGCGACUCCAACUACACCAACUGGGUUCUUGAAAAAAUAGAGUACGUAUUCCUGGUGAUAUUCACGGGCGAGUGUGUGAUGAAGAUCAUCGCCUACGGGUUCGUGAUGCACGCGGGCUCCUAUUUACGCAACGGGUGGAACCUGCUCGACUUUACCAUCGUCGUCAUUGGAAUGGUGAGCACGGUACUGUCGAGCAUAUUCAAGGACGCGUUCGACGUAAAAGCGCUGAGGGCGUUCAGGGUGCUCCGGCCCCUACGUCUCGUUUCCGGCGUGCCUAGUCUCCAGAUAGUGCUAAACUCGAUCCUGAAGGCGAUGGUACCGCUGCUCCACAUCGCGUUGUUGGUCAUCUUUGUCAUCAUUAUCUACGCAAUCAUUGGCUUAGAGCUGUUUUCCGGGAAAAUGCAUAAAAGCUGUUUCAAUAAGUACACAGACGAGAUCAUGGACUCCCCUCACCCGUGCGACCUGGACAACGGGUUUAACUGCUCGAUGAUCAGCGACGAUAUGGAGUGCCGCGAGGGGUGGAUCGGACCCAACUUUGGCAUCACCAAUUUCGAUAACUUCGGGCUCUCCAUGCUCACUGUGUUCCAAUGCAUCACCCUCGAAGGCUGGACUGAUGUUAUGUAUAACAUACAAGACGCCAUGGGCAACAGCUGGGAGUGGAUCUACUUUGUCUCCAUGGUCAUCCUGGGGGCUUUUUUUGUCAUGAACCUCAUUCUCGGUGUGUUGUCCGGAGAGUUCUCCAAAGAAAGAGAAAAGGCAAAGAACAGGGGUGACUUUCAAAAGUUGCGCGAAAAGCAGCAAUUGGAGGAAGAUCUAAAGGGCUACCUAGACUGGAUCACGCAGGCGGAGUAUUUGGAACCACUCGCUGAUCAACACGACGUUGUGGAUCAAAAAAGAGAUUAUGGUAUUGGACCUAUACCGAAUGAGCACGACUCAACAGACCACCUGGGCAUCGAACCUUUAGAACAGCAGAAGGUCUCCGUCGGUAAAGUGUGGAAAAAAGAUUUCGAUAAGGUGAACCGUCGCAUGAAACGCGCGUGCAGGAAAGCCGUGAAGUCGCAGACGUUCUACUGGCUCAUCAUCGUGUUGGUCUUCCUCAAUACUGUGGUGCUCGCCAGCGAACACUACCAACAGCCGGAGUGGCUGGACUUGUUUCAGGAGUAUGGCAAUGCGUUCUUCGUGGCACUGUUCACUCUGGAGAUGUUAGUCAAGAUGUAUAGCUUAGGCUUACAAGGCUACUUUGUGUCGCUGUUUAAUCGAUUCGACUGCUUCGUGGUGAUCGGUUCCAUCAGUGAAAUGGUGCUUACCAAGACAGAGGUGAUGCCUCCUCUUGGCAUCUCCGUGUUGCGCUGCGUCAGGUUACUCAGGGUCUUCAAGGUCACCAAAUACUGGCGCUCUUUGUCCAACUUGGUGGCGUCUCUUCUGAACUCAAUCCAGUCGAUAGCGUCGCUUUUGCUGUUGCUAUUCCUGUUCAUCAUGAUCUUUGCCCUGCUUGGCAUGCAAGUCUUCGGGGGGAAAUUCAACUAUGACCCUGUGGAAGAGAAGGAUCGCCACAAUUUUGACUGUUUCUGGCAGGCAUUACUCACCGUCUUUCAGAUACUAACAGGAGAAGACUGGAAUGCAGUUAUGUACGAGGGUAUCAAGGCAUAUGGUGGGGCAGGCACCGUGGGGAUUUUAGCUUGUAUAUACUUCAUCAUUCUCUUCAUUUGCGGCAACUAUAUCCUCUUGAACGUCUUCUUGGCUAUCGCCGUAGACAACUUAGCAGAUGCUGAAUCAUUGACUAACAUCGAAAAGGAAGAAGGGGCGGCCGAAGAAAAAGAUGGUGGAAGCGUAGUGGCAACAGAAGGUGGGCACGCAGAUACUGACGAUGAAUAUAUACAUGACGAUGAUGCGUACACGACCGAUAAUUCUGACAGAGAAUAUGAAGAAACGGGCUCUGAAGGAGAGCAGGUAGAUGAUAUAGAAGGAGAAAUAGACGAUAUUGUAGAUGAAGAAAAUGAAAGUGUUGAAAGAUUAGAAGAGGAACAAGAGAGAGAAGAUGAUGAAAUGAUAGAAGGGCACCAAAGAAAUCACAUAGUGAAUACAGAAUAUGAAGAAGAGCCUCGACUGAAACGUAAGCCCACGACCUCGUCGGCCAGACCGCGCCGCCUCUCCGAGGUCGAUAUUUGCGACACUAAGAAACCCAUUCCCGACGCGACUUCCUUCUUCAUAUUUACUAAGACCAACAGACCGCGUCGUGUGUCUGAACUGAAUAUGAAUAAUCAAACGCCGCCAAUACCGAACGCUAGUAGUUUCUUCAUAUUCUCACCGACGAACAGGUUUCGUGUGUUUUGCUACAAAAUGUCUUCCUCGUCGACCUUCGGAAAUAUUAUUUUGGUGUGUAUUAUGCUCUCGUCUGCCAUGUUGGCUGCUGAAGAUCCGCUUGAUGCUGCACAAAGUGGAUUCAGAAACUGGUUGCUCAGUCAAUUCGACGUGUUCUUCACGGGGAUCUUUACAUUGGAGUUGUUCCUGAAGCUGGUGACGUAUGGACUGGUACUCCACCAAGGUGCCUUCCUGCGGUCAGCGUUUAAUGUCCUCGACAUGCUCGUCGUCUGCGUCUCACUUAUCUCUAUGAGUUUUAAGUCGGGUAGUAUAUCGGUGGUGAAAAUAUUGAGAGUAUUCAGGGUGCUGAGACCUUUAAGGGCCAUCAACAGGGCCAAGGGCCUUAAGUAUGUGGUGAAGUGUGUGAUAGUAGCUAUUAAGACUAUAGGAAAUAUAAUGCUAGUUACUUAUUUGUUACAAUUUAUGUUCGCUGUGGUCGGUGUACAGUUGUUUAAGGGCAAAUUUUUUAGAUGUAAUGAUAUUUCUAAAAUGACGAAGGAUGACUGUCAAGGGACGUAUUUAGUGUUUGAGAACGGCAAAUAUCUGGUGAGGGACAGAGAAUGGAAACGAAAUGACUUUCACUUUGAUAACGUAAUGAAGGGGAUGCUCACUCUGUUCACUGUGUCUACCUUCGAGGGAUGGCCAGGGUUAUUGUACGUGUCUAUAGAUUCGAAUGCUGAGGAUCGUGGUCCCAUAACUAACUUCCGUCCAAUUGUUGCAGCCUACUAUAUUAUUUAUAUUAUUAUAAUUGCCUUCUUUAUGGUUAAUAUAUUCGUCGGUUUCGUCAUAGUCACAUUCCAAAAUGAGGGUGAGCAAGAGUAUAAAAACUGUGAGUUGGAUAAGAAUCAAAGAAACUGCAUAGAAUUUGCAUUGAAAGCGAAACCUAUAAGGAGAUAUAUCCCAAAACAUAGGAUUCAGUACAAAGUGUGGUGGUUCGUGACGUCACAGCCGUUCGAGUAUGCGAUCUUCGUACUGAUCAUGAUCAACACCAUCACGCUGGCCAUGAAGUACCACAACCAGCCCCAUGACUACAGCAAAGCGUUGGACAUGCUCAACAUGCUUUUCACCGCCGUUUUUGCCUUAGAAUUUAUAUUCAAACUAGCAGCUUUUAGAUUUAAGAACUACUUCGGCGACGCUUGGAAUACUUUCGAUUUCAUCAUCGUUCUGGGCAGCAUUAUCGACAUAGUGGUGUCACAAGUGAACGAACUAAAGAAUCAGGGAAAUGGCAUGACAAGACCUCACGUCGUCAAGGAAAGCUCAAUACCAUCUAUAAACUUCUUCCGUCUCUUUCGCGUGAUGAGGCUCGUGAAGCUCCUGUCGCGAGGCGAGGGCAUUCGCACCCUGCUGUGGACGUUUAUCAAGUCCUUUCAAGCUCUGCCGUACGUCGCGCUGCUUAUCCUCAUGCUGUUCUUCAUCUAUGCCGUCGUUGGAAUGCAGGUGUUUGGUAAGAUAGCGAUAGACGACGAGACGCCUAUUACCAGGAACAAUCACUUCCAGACGUUUCCACAAGCACUACUCGUUCUGUUCCGAUCUGCUACCGGUGAGGCGUGGCAGGACAUUAUGAUGGGUGUAUCUCCUGAGCCGGAAGUGAAAUGCGACAAGAACUAUCACGAGGAGGGCGACGUGGAGCCCGAGGACAGCAGCGGCACGUGCGGCUCCGUGCUCGCCUUCCCGUACUUUAUUUCAUUCUACGUUUUAUGCUCUUUUUUGAUUAUAAAUUUAUUUGUGGCGGUCAUUAUGGACAACUUCGACUAUUUAACUCGAGAUUGGUCAAUAUUGGGACCACACCAUUUAGAUGAAUUUAUAAGGUUGUGGAGUGAAUACGAUCCAGAUGCAAAAGGAAGAAUAAAACAUUUAGAUGUAGUUACAUUGUUAAGAAAAAUUAGCCCACCUUUAGGUUUCGGUAAGCUGUGCCCGCACCGCGUGGCGUGCAAGCGGCUCGUCUCCAUGAACAUGCCGCUCAACUCGGACGGCACGGUGCUGUUCAACGCCACAUUGUUUGCCGUCGUUAGGACCUCGCUCAAAAUCAAAACUGACGGUAACAUUGACGACUGUAACACAGAGUUGCGUGCUGUUAUUAAGAAGAUAUGGAAGCGAACCUCUCCGAAACUGUUGGACCAAGUUGUGCCUCCACCGGGCGAUCCUAACGAGAUAACCGUUGGCAAAUUCUAUGCUACAUUCCUCAUUCAGGAUUAUUUCAGACGGUUCAAAAAGAGAAAGGAACAGGAGUUGAGACAAACAGACGAACAAACACACCAGAUGACGCUGCAAGCUGGCUUGCGAACGCUGCACGAGGCUGGGCCGGAACUUAAGCGAGCGAUAUCGGGCAACUUGGACGACAUCAACGCUGAAUGCGAUAUGCCUAUGCAUAGGAGAAAUCAUUCGUUAUUUGGAGGAGUCUGGUCGAGUAUACGAAGGCACGGGCCUAACAGAAACUUCCACAGACAUCGAAAACACGGCGAACAACUAGCAGACGGAGUUGGCAAUCACUUAAGUUCAAUGAUGCAAUUGGAAUACGGAGUAGGACCACUGCCUCUCACACCUAAUUUAGCAAACGGACAGCCUAAGGAACAAAUACCACUGAGGCCUCUCAUAUUUAACGGAGAAUCAGAAAAGAUAUAUCAAGUGCUCGAAAAAACCACAAAUGACCUAAAGAACACUAUUUAUGAAGGUAGUCCAGUGUGGUUUUGUAGUUGA